AUGGCGAUGGUCAAGAUUGUACUCACCACGGUUGUUGGGGCCUUGGGGGCUCUCGCAGCUUCGCGGCCGUACUCAUCGGCCUACCUCGAGAAACAGUUUUCCCAAACCUUCACAGACUCCUACAACAUUCUCAAAUAUGUCGGCGGUAUUGGUCCUUACUCAGACCGUAUGGGCUACGGGAUCGACCCCAAUCCUCCUCUGGGUUGUACUGUUGAUCAGGUCAUUAUGCUAAUGCGUCACGGGGAGCGGUACCCCGACGCCACGACAUAUGGGAGACUUGAAGCCGUUCUCAAAAAGCUGUACUCGACGGGUAUUUCUCAAUGGUCGGGCGACCUUGCUUUCCUGAACGACUGGACCUUCUAUAUCAGCGACCCAGGUUACCUGGAACAGGAGACAUUCUCGGGUCCGUAUUCAGGACUCUUACAUGCCUUAAGACAAGGCUCCGAGUAUCGUGCUCGCUAUGGCCACCUUUGGGACGGAGACUCGGUUGUCCCCAUUUUUGCAAGCGACUACGAGCGUGUCAUCGAGACGGCGAGAUAUUUCGGUAUGGGGUUCUUCGGAUAUAACUACUCUACCAAUGCCGCAAUAAACGUGAUUUCCGAGAAUGCAACGCGGGGAGCAAACAGUUUGACUCCUAGCUGCCCUGCCGAUACAAGCUUACUCGCGUGCUUUUAUGCUUCAAGAAGCCUGCCUCAAUUCAACGUGGCUGCGGCGAGAUUGAAUUCUCAGAAUCCAGGCCUGAAUCUGAAUUCCAGCGACAUCGUGACGCUGAUGAGCAUGGCUCCCUACGAGCUUCAAGCUCGUUCAUAUUCGCCAUGGGUGGAUGCAUUCACACUUGACGAAUGGGUGGCAUUCGGUUACAUUCAAGACCUGACUUACUACUAUUGCUCAGGUCCAGGGGAUCCAUACGAGGUCGCUGUCGGCCAAGUCUUUGCAAAUGCGUCCCUUGCACUUCUUGAAGCCGGUCCAAGCCACGGAACUAUGUGGUGGAAUUUCGCCCACGACGCCAACAUCACUCCCGUCGUCGCGGCAUUGGGUCUGGACGUGCCCUCAUCACCUUUGCCAAACGAGACAAUCCCGUUUCCGAACCCUUACAGAUCGACUGACAUCGUCCCCAUGGGCGGCCAUCUCGUCCUGGAACGCCUGUCGUGCAAUGCCACCGCGGCUCCAACCCCAUCCGGCGUCUACGUCCGAGCCCUGAUCAACGAGGCGGUGGUUCCCUGGCUCACAUGUCAAUCCGGACCUGGCUACUCCUGUCCGCUGGGCGAUUACAGCGCUAUGAUCGCUCGCGGGCCGAACUUUGUGCAGAUGUGCAACGUCUCCGCGCUGGGCUAUCCCGAGUAUCUCGACUUCUGGUGGGAUUUUAACACCACGACAGAGCUGAAUUUCCAGAACGGCAGCAUUCCCUGGCAGCAGACGUAUACGCGCGUCAACGGAUGA